CCGGAACUCGAAGAGGCCGGGGCAAAAACUCUUGGGACUCUACAAACCGUCUCGUAUUCCUUUGGUUUGGUUGAGCAAACGGCCGCCAUACCCAUACCAUACGUGCCAUCGCUCCUAUCUCAGCCGGCUAUGGCCGCCAUCAAGAUCAAGCUCGUCGUGGACAGGUCGUCUAACCGCGUCCUGCUCGCCGAUGCCGGCUCCGACUUCGUCGACGUCAUCCUCGGCUUCCUCAUGCUCCCCCUAUCUGCCGUCCAGCUCGCCGCAGGAUCGUCCUCGCCGGGCUGCCUGGCAAACCUCUGCGGCAGCGUCGACCGCCUCCGCGACGCCCAACUGUUGAAGGUUGACGCCUGCCAUGGCACGCUUCACAGGCCAACGCACAAGGACGAAUUCGGGUGCCAUCGUUCUCUCUGCUCAGCGUGUACUUCUUCCGUGGAAAAACAUAUUGGCCAACAGCGACACCGCCGAAGUUGCACGCAAUGCUGGGAGAUCGCCAUGGCUAGGCUGGUGCAUGUGUACAACCAAACACCACGCAAAGAGGUGUUCUCCAACUGGAAAGAACGUUUUGUGAUCAGCGACGACUUGGUGAUCAAACAUGCGUCGACGAGCAAUGUGGUGUCUUUUCUAAGGGGGCUCGGCGCAGAUUUUGGAAUCAGAGAUGGCUACGAGGAGGUGGACGUCGACGUUGGAUGGACCGAGGUGGUUUCCUUGCUCAAGACCUGCAUCUCAUCCACCACAAUAUUCACCGACGUGUUUCUCGCGAAAGGAAAUGGUCAAGCUGUUCGCACAGUUUUGGCAAAAAGAUCAUUACUCGCGGAGCUCUUACCCACGAUUCCCAAGCCUUCAUAUCAAGAAACCGGCGAUCCUACAGUUUUUGGAUCUCAUCCACAGGUCCUCAUCAAGCUUUUCUACGACAGGAAGGACAGGAAGGUCAUGUAUGCAGAGUGCAAGCACGAGUUCGUAGACCUGCUCCUCAGCUUCCUGACCUACCCCAUGGGAUGCAUCGUGAAGAACCUGGCCGACACCUCUCAUCUGUGCGGCAGUUUCAACAAUCUUUGCAGGAGCAUUGUCGGUCUAGACAGGGCUGGAUUCUUGACAGGCCCCUGCUUUCGUGACAUAAAGAGGCUGCUGGACCCAAGCCUUGACCCGUUCAAGAUAGGCCGCUCCUUCGGGAAAGAUAAAAGAUCAUGCCAUUCGUGCCAUCCUGAGUUUGUCAGGAAUCACACAUAUGUGGUUGACAAUGACCUUCGUAUGUAUCAGGCUUCUGCAGUGUCGGUGCUGAAGCACUGGCACAAGAGAGACCUGGUGGAGAUGGACAUUGCUAUCAGCAAACAAGAGGCUGUUGCGCUACUGCGAGCGGUGGUCAAUUCGAAGACUGCGCUCACGGAUGCGUUCAAGGGGAGGUUUAUGCAGGAAGCACAACAGUUGCCACCUUUGCCGCCUUUGGAAAGAAGAAUGGGUUCGCCCUCCGUGGAGAAGAUGCAGAUCUUUGUCAGGAUCUUUGCAGGUGAGACAAUCACACUUGACGUGGCAAGCUCUGACACGGUCGCUGCCGUCAGGAGUAAGAUCCAGGCGAGGAAGAAGCUAACGGACUCUUGUGGGUUAGUAUACGGUGGCAAAUGCCUGCAGGAUCCAUGGACCCUGGCUGAUUGUGGUAUUCACAGGGAGGCCACAAUCCAUGCUGAGUUUUUCCACCGUGGUUAGCUAGCUAGAGAUCACCAGGCUUGCUUGUCACGACGUCCCACGUAAGCCCGCGUCCUUCAUUGGACAAGUAUUUUGGGACGGAAGGAGUAUUAACUAAGUAUGUUUGCUGUCAUCAGCAUAGACUAGUAGCUCGGUUAGCGGGAUGCGACUCCACAUUCAUACUUACCGAGAAUAAGAGUGAUAAGAUUUAACAAUGAGAAUCUGGAUAUCAAUAACAGAAAACC